GACGUCUAUGCGCACGUCGAGGGCGCGCUGUAUCUUCUUGGGAAGACGGGCGUGGGGAAGUUGAAUGUGGGUGUGGGUGGGCCCGGUGGGGAGGAAAGGCUGGUUGGCCUGGUUGGGUUCCUGGGUGGGGAGCUGGAAGGCGUUGAGGCGCAGCUGGAGCAGGCGGAGGAGGAGUGCGCAAGGAGGGUGCUCAGACCGGUUGGGUUGGAGGUCAGUUUGGUUCUCGAUUAGUGGGACUUUUUGGGGGUUUUUUUGGGUUGCCUGGCUCUCAUGGGGGGUGUUCUUUUUUAUUUGUUUGUUUUUUUUACGGCACUUAACUACCGCUUUUGUAUUGACGGGGCUCAUGAUUCCGAUGGUUUUUUUUUCUAUGCUUGUGGCCACUGGAUGGCCGCAAGAGUUUGGUUUGGUUUGGUUCGGUGGACGAUUUGGCACUUGCGCUGGUUCGAGGGGAUACGGCAUACCGGUACGAUACUGCGUAUGUACAAUUACAGGAAAGGCUGAGGGCCCGUUUGGAUGGCCUCAGUUUUCAGUUCCAGUAUUAGAGCCAAAUUCAGUUCCCUGCCGGGACACCGAAU